CCGGGCGUAGCUUCGGUGAGCUGCUGUCCUUCCCGGGCUCCACCGCAGCCUGCACCCCGGCCGGUGUUCGGGCUCUCUCGGCCCGCGCUCUUAGGAGUCCCUCCGGGCGGCGUCCUGUCAUGCCGCUGGUGCGCUAUAGGAAGGUGGCCAUCCUUGGGUACCGCUCCGUAGGGAAGACAUCUUUGGCACAUCAAUUUGUGGAAGGCGAGUUCCUGGAAGGCUACGAUCCUACAGUGGAGAAUACUUACAGCAAGACAGUGACUCUUGGCAAAGAUGAGUUUCACCUACAUCUAGUGGACACAGCAGGGCAGGAUGAGUACAGCAUUCUGCCCUACUCGUUCAUCAUUGGGGUUCACGGUUACGUGCUAGUGUACUCUGUCACCUCUCUGCAUAGCUUCCAAAUCAUUAAGAGCCUGUACCAAAAGCUACAUGAAGGCCAUGGUAAAACUCGGCUGCCGGUGGUGCUUGUGGGGAACAAGGCAGACCUCUCUCCAGACAGAGAGGUGCAGGCAAUUGAAGGGAAGAAGCUAGCAGAGUCCUGGGGUGCGACAUUUGUGGAGUCGUCUGCUCGAGAGAAUCAGCUAACUCAAGACAUCUUCAUCAAAGUCAUCCAGGAAAUUGCCCGUGUGGAGAAUUCUUAUGGGCCAGACCGCCGAUGCUAUCUUAUGUGAGCCCUUGGUACGGAAUAACUGUCUUGUUUCUGCUGCGGGCAUUUUCCAGCCUGCAGUGGGGGGCAGACCCUCAGGACUUAACUGGUAUGGUUGCCAACUAUGUCCUUGGCCCUCUGGGCACACAGUAUGGUACCCUCAUCUUUGCACACUCAUCCCAGGUUCUGGUAGCCUGGAUGUUAAUGUUUACAAAGGGGCAAGAUGUCUCAUGGACACUGGCUUCUAACUCCUUGUUUUUCUAAAUGAACUUUUACAAUCUGCACAGUUGAGUCUUGGGCACUGGUUAUCCAGGCCCCACCCUCCUGGGUAGGUUUUGGGUGUUGGUUGGGUAAGGGCAUUUGUUGCUUGACAGUUCUGAAGUAGAGCUGGUUCCUGGGCUGACAAUGUGUAUUUGCAAAUAAACUGAGAAAUCUUU